ACCAGAACCACAAAACUCCACAACAGACAGGAACAACGCUUGUGCUUCUCAGAACGGAAACAGAGUGCCAAAAUUACUUCGCAGAGGGGAGGAACCUUCGUGGAUGGACAAUUUAGAGGAUGCAAGAGGAAUUUCAGGUAGCAGCCACAGAAGCACUCGCUCAAGUGACACAAGUAUGAAGGAACACCGCAAGGAGGUUAGGCAGCAUAUGUUUUCCCUUUGCAAUUCAUUAUCUGACUCUGGCAUUAUGAAUUGCAAUAAACUGUUCUGGGACAAGUUUCUGGAAACUGAUGCUAGUCAUUUAUGGGGACUGGGGAAAGAACUUGGUGUCACAUACCAAGGGAAUGAGGAAUCUUUGAUCGAUAGAAUUCAGGCUAUGGAACAAAGGGAUGUGGAGAACCUGGCAGCUAAUACGAGCCAAAGAGGGGAAGAGGCAUGUAAUCCAUGAGGAUACUUACCUACAAUAUCAGAGGUUUGGGGAAUAGUGUUAAGUGGAGAAUUAUCCGUGAGCUGAUUAUUAAGGAAGAGGUGAAUUUCGCCUGCUUCCAAGAAACCAAGUUGGAGACCAUUGAUGUGAGGUUGUGCAAAUCACUUUGGGGGGAUGAUUCAUUUGAAUGGACCUUUUUACCAGCAAUUAACAGAGGUGGUGGCUUGCUUUGUGUGUGGGACAGAAGCACCUUCAAACUGAUUCAGGAGCAUAUAGGCAGGGGAUUUAUUUGCUUACGAGGAGAAUGGGGGGAAGAUGGUUUGCCUUGUAUUUUUACCAACUUCUAUGGCUCUUGUACUAUGCACGAGAAGAUUCAACAAUGGGAAGAACUUGUUACUCUAAAGACCAGCUUUCCAACUUACCGGUGGUGCAUAUUGGGGGACUUUAAUUCUGUCCGUUCCUCUGAGGAGAGACGAGGCAGUGCAGCUGAUUCAGAUACUUACCGUAGAGAUACAAUCGAAUUCAAUAGCUUCAUCAAUAACAUGGAACUAUUGGAUUUACCUUUGGUAGGGAAAAAGUUCACAUGGUUUCGACCGAAUGGACUUGCGGUGAGUAGGUUGGAUAGAGCGCUUGUGUCGAUGGAGUGGUUAGAGACUUGGCCAAAUUGUUUUUUACAAGUCAUGAGUAGAGAUAUCUCCAACCAUUGCCCGCUAAUUCUUAAGAUCUCUACUCAUGAUUGGGGCCCCAAACCUUUCCGAACUCUCAACGGUUGGCUACAAGACCCAAGAUUUAAAGCUUAUGUUGAGAGGGAGUGGAAUGAGCUACAAAUUCAAGGGUGGGGGGCAUUUGUUCUCAAGGAAAAAUUAAAGGCCCUCAAAACUCGGCUGAAGAUUUGGAAUGUAACACCCCACUUUUCGUUAUUAGGUUAUUUAUUAUUUUAUCUUAAUUAUUAUUAUGCUAUAUGGUAAUUUGAUGAAUUAUGUGAUUAUAAUUUAAAUCUCAUGUGAUAUAGAAUAAGAUUUAGAUAAAUAAGUUUGUUAGGUUUUUGUGUGAGUAAUUGAGAGUGGGGCCCAUUAGUAUGACUAUUUAAGGGAUAUGAGUGAAUUAGAAAGAGAGAAAUCAGAAUUUGAGAAUUGGAGAAGUUAGCAGAGGAGAAGAAAAGAAGCGUGAAAGAGAGAAGGGGAGAAAAGAGAAGAAAAAACCUAGAAUUUGAUCUUCAAGAGGUACAGGAGGUAGAGAUGUGGCUCAUGAGGAGUAGCUUCGGAGAGUCUUAGCUUAUGUUAUUAUUAUUAUUAUUAUAAAAUAAGUGUCUUGCUCUGUAAUGUAUCACUGGUUAGAUAUUUUACGUUACUUUUACAUUUAUGUUGAGAGGAUUUUAUAAUCUCUUCUUAUGGAAGUUGUUGAAUAAUUUUCUAAAUGAUGGCGAUGUCGUACUGUUGACGGCCGAAGUGCUUAUGAAAUUCAGUUCUGAGUAUGAUGAAUUUUAUUGGAAUAUCAUGGAAGAUAAACCUAUUUAAAUAAGUGAUUUUAUGCAUCUUAGGAUUAUCUGACUGGUUUAGAAAUUUCAUUGGCAGGAAUAAUUCAUUCUUUGAAAAGCAUAUGAACUUAUAAAUUUUCAAACACAAUCAGUGUUAAUUUUAAUGAGUUUUCGUGAAGAAGUGUAAUACUCCCUUGAUAUGUUUUUAAACUCUGAUAAACGUUUUUAAAUAAAACAAUGGG